ACAGUCCUUCUGACUCCGGCUGUCUUAUUGGCGCGGGCGAAGGGCGGUGGGAGGGGGGGUGGCCUGGGCCCCCUCCAGCGUCAUCAGAGCGCGCCGCCGGCAGGCAUGGCGCUCUUCGUGGUUCCCAGGUAUGUUAGUGAUGAAGAGGAUAAUCCAGAAUGUAAGUCCCAGUUGCUCUUACAUCGGCUGCAGGAGCAAGCAAAGACUCGGCAGCUGCAAAAACAGGAACAGAACUGGCCCACUUCUGGGCAACGAAAGAGAUUGGCGCCUGGAGCCCCUGAAGAAGAGACCAACGAGGAAUUAAAGCAAACAAGCAAAAAGAAGAAAGUAAGUCAGGAAUCUCUUUCAGCCCAAAGUCACAGAGAAAAGGAGCCAAGACGACAUACUUUUGGGGCAGAAAGUUUGCCCGAGAAAGAUGGCUCAAGCAAACGUAAGAAGAAUGGUGGGAAUUCUAGAACACCUCAAGGAAAGACAGAAGCAGUUCAAGGAGAUGAAGGUAUGUUGGAGACUCAUCCGGAAAGUCGAGCUACCCCAGAAGAAGAAGGUAUGGGAGGUUUUGGAGACAAAGAGAGCCAAGCCAGUAAGGAUCAGAGGAUGCAGGCAUCAAAUCCAAGGACAGCUUCUUCACCUUCCAGCAUGAUUGUCCUUGGUCCUUCUGAUCAAAGGAAUCUGCACAAGGUGCCGCCUUUUGUGCCACGGUGGUUCAGCCAGCCGCAGCAGUUCCAGAGGCAGAUCCGAGAGAACCUCGUCCCUCUCCAGGAUGUUCCAGUCAUUCACCCUAAGCUGAGAAAGAAGCUGCUAGCCAAUGGAAUAGCCUCUCUCUUCCCAGUUCAGGCUGAAGUGAUUCCAGCCAUCUUGGAUUGUGGGCCCAAUGGGGCUUUGGCUGGCAGGGGUGGCUACCCCCCAAGCGACAUCUGCGUUUCAGCCCCCACCGGCAGCGGCAAGACUUUGGCCUUCAUCAUUCCGGUGGUGCAGGCCCUGUUGGACCGCGUCGUCUGCCAUGUACGGGCUCUGGCAGUCUUGCCCACCAAAGAGCUGGCCCAGCAGGUGGCUAAAAUAUUCAACAUUUACACUGAUGGGACUGGGCUGAAAGUUGUCCAGGUUACUGGACAGAAAUCUUUUGUGAAAGAACAAGAGUCCCUUGUCGAGACAACGCUGACGGGACAUCGUAGCCUGGCAGACAUUGUGGUAGCCACCCCAGGACGCCUGGUAGACCACCUGCAGCAGAGCCCCCAGUUCAGCUUGCGAGAGCUUCGUUUCCUGAUCAUGGAUGAAGCAGAUCGCAUGAUUGACAACAUGCAGCAGGAUUGGCUCCAGCAAGUCGUAGAGGCUGUGCACCGGCCUGAAAGGGGCUCCGGUCCCGGCGGGCUGUUCAGAAGGGUGCAGCCAGGUCCCUGCACGGCAGCCAGGGCUUGCUCCCCCCAGCUCCCUCUGCAGAGGCUCCUCUUCUCAGCCACUCUGACCCAGAACCCCGAGAAGCUGCAGCGGUUGGGCCUCUACCAGCCUCGCCUCUUCGCGCCGGUUCAGUCUGGGAAAGGGAGCGACGGGCUUGGCUCUCAGUCGUGCGUCAGCGAAAAGUACAUUCUCCCCGAGGGGCUCUCCCAUUAUUACGUCCCUUGCAGCCUGAGUUGGAAACCGCUGUUCCUCCUGCAUUUCCUGGUGAGACUGAAGUUCACCCAAGUGCUCUGCUUCACCAACAGCAAGGAAACCUCGCACAGACUCUUCCUGCUAAUUCAGGCCUUUGGUGGAGUGAAGGUCGCUGAGUUUUCUUCAAAGCUGAGCCCGAGCAAAAGGAAGGUGACCCUGAAGGAGUUUGAGCAAGGCAAGAUCCAGCUUUUAAUCAGCACAGAUGCCACGGCUCGAGGGAUUGAUUUUGGUGGCGUGAAGUGUGUCAUUAGCUACGAUGCCCCUCAGUUCAUCAGGACCUACAUUCACCGGGUGGGCAGAACAGCUCGUGCUGGGAAGGCGGGCCUGGCUUUUAGCCUGCUCCUCAAGCGGCAGGAGCAUAGGUUCCUGAAGAUGCUGAAGGAUGCGGGUCUUCCAGAGUUGGAGCCGCAGCUGGUCAAGAGCAGCUCCCUCCAGCCUCUCCUCCAGCAGUACGAAGCAGCCCUGGCCGAACUUGCACAGACUGUCAAGGAGGAGCAGGUUGGAAAGCGAUCUUAAGGCAAAACGCUUCAUGGAUACACACCAAGGUGCUGCAAACCAGCAGAACUGGAACUCUGCCCCACCCUCUUGAGGGACCAAUGCCCGGAAGCAGAUAUUCGUGAAAAGCAACUUGAGGAACAAAGUAGGAGUGAAGGGACACAGCCUGCUCUCACUGCGAAGCAAGAAGAAUAAUUCUCAGCUCUCCAAAACAGUUUAAGAGAAGCCGCUCUGGGGCAGAAGACUUCAGCCUUUGCCAGCGCAGGGCCACUUUCACGAGCAACCCUGAACAAGGGCGCAGUGGCACCGAUUAAUCUUUGAAAUGACUGAAUUGCCUCCCCAAAAUGUGGCAAACCAGUUGUGCCUAAGAUGUCCUUGUUGGUGAAAUAACACUGAUGCUAAUUGAUUAUAUCCGGUCUGUUUCUAGCUAUGUCUCCGUUACCAAAAUGACACAGUUUGAGCGCGUGCAUUCUGCUCAGCUGUGCAGCGGCCCUUCGGGUUCAAGGGAGACAUGUUGUGGUACAGAUCUUGUGCGGACACGGAAGUUGCUCUGCGGUCCCAAUGGAAGCAGCCUAGUGCAGCCAGGGACGCUGUUGUAACUGGAGGUGCGAUUCUGCGAUGUAGUUCGCUGCUUUUCUGUCAGGUUUCCAUGUUGUCUGUCUUCAAAGUCAGUGGAGGCUUUGUGGCUCAGAGCUCCCUAGCAGCUUAGGUCAGAAGCGGCCGCCUCUCGUUCCCGUGGCUGGAUGUCCCAGGGCUCAGGGUUUCUUGCACGGCCUUUUCGUAGCCCUCAUGUGCUGGACCUUCCCGGAUUCCAGUGCCCUGUAGAACAACAGGCAAGGCCGUCCAUUCUGAUGCCAUGGCCCCCACCUCACCUGAAGGGACUCAAUGCUGGUGGACUCUACAUAAUCCAAGACCUGCAGGCCUGGUCAACAAACGCCAAGAUUGACCCAAGACGUGCAUGUGGCGUUUCUAUUUCUUCAUUUAUUAAGCCUCUGCUUAAAGUCAACGUGGUGACUCAGGGCAUGGCACAGAGAUAACACAGCCGGCAGUUCAAACUGCCGCUUUAUUGCUCCAAAUAUCCCCCAAUGCUCCCAUGUCUCUGGCAAGUCCCAGAGCAAGCGAUGACAAACACCCGUACAGACCUCAAGCAGCCUCUGGCUGCAAAUAGUCCAGCCCAGCACUUGUACACCAUGAUGCACAGAGCAAUAAAUUCAGUAGGGCGAAUCAAGGAAUUCGGGAAGCAAAGGGAGUCAGGUAAUUAGUCCAGGAAGCCGGAAAGAAUUCAAGGAAUCCAGGAAAGUUUCAAACUCAACGCUUCAGGAAUUCAGUGUUUGUU